AUGUGUCGAAAAUUCCAACAUACGUUGGCGCUCAUUCAGAACGCACCUUCAACCACGGUACGCUCGACUACAGCAAAACCACUCGCAAAACACUUCGCCAAGAGUUCGACGCACAAUCAAACGAGAUCGCAACUCAACCCAGUCGGUCCUCUCAUAACCACUACUGAGACACCUGAUUUACGCCAAAACACCGAAACGAGACUGUGUUUCUUCGAUAUGGCCAAACAACCCACUACAACGCCACUGGCCCCUGAGACACCACCAAAACAGUUCGAGGCAACGGAAAGGUCUGAGGUAGCAGAGAAUCCCGCCGAUAUUGAAGACGCGCCCAUCACUACAAACAGCCAGUCCAGUGCCUCGAAUACCCUCGCAUCAGCUGAAGAGGAGGUCACAUCGCGUACAGAUGACGUCGAGGAUACAUCGCUGGCACUUGAGGAGGUCGCCCUCUCUCCAGAAAAGAAGAAAAAUACAAAAGCCACCACGUCAAAGAAGUCAAGCGUAAAAGCUUUUACCCCAAAGAAGAAGGAUGGAAAAGCCGUGACCUCGAAAAAGAAGGGUAUUGAAGCUUCUGACUCGAAGAAGGGCGACAGUGCAAUCGUUCCCGAAGCAAAGGAGAGCAAGCCUCCUGUUGGCGAUGGCUUUACGACCUAUAACCACUCGAUUAUCAUACCAGCCUUUAAUCAAUUCUGGGGUGACAGGCCCGUGACCGGUAGUGACAGGCCCGCUCCUGAUCAACCAUCUGCUCGUGCGAGCAACGGACAGACUAAUCCUCCCUUGUUCGAGAAUCGUGGCUAUCGAUACAAGCGUGGUUCGCAAAUGGUAAAGCACCAUUAUACUAUUGAUCCGGACAACAUGGAGCGUCUUGACGCUAAUCGUGACCAAGAAGAACUGCUUGCAGUUCGACUCAUCGACAUGCGGCUGAACAGAAAAACCAACGUGCCGAAGCGAUCACCAUACGUCUACUGUUACGACAAGAGACCCAGGGAUUGGAACUCCAAGCAAAGCAUCAAGGCUCUGAACGAUCGUCGCUACCAGGCUAUCGAUCGUGUGACCAUGGAUGCACCUUGGACAGAGAUUGAGCGAGAGUACCUAGCUCGACUGAUCCGCGAAGACCCCGAUGCAUCCAUUUUGGACCUCGCCGAGCGCCACAAUGAUCGCUUCAUGGGCCAAGACUACAAGGAGAGCACCGGGUUUUUUGAGGUGGGACGUGUGUCUAUUGGUCGAACAGUGGAGAGCGUUCGCUACCAAUACACAGCGUACAAGCCGUUUUACGAUCGUGGCAGAGUACCAGUGGUGAGAUGGCGCGGUGACAAGUCGAUUGAGGGUAUUGCUCUAUCGAAACAUAUUGCAGAUGUAUUUGGCAAGCCUAGCAAGGCCGAACAACUUGCACAUGACAAAGCACACGGUGGUGCCGAUGAAAGCGACGAUGACGAUGAUACAUCCAAGAAGACGUCGAAAAACGUGGAAGGGUUGGAUCAUGACAAUGAAAAGUCAGACGAGUCUGAUCUUCAUCCCGGCGGCAAGCGCUAUGCUUCAGAUCAGCUAGAAGAAUACGAGCGGCCUGCCAAGUACUCGAAAACCGGCGAGGCCAACCCCUUUGCCGGACAGGACAAGCUUGACGAUGUCGAAGAAGAGCUUCUUGCGUUAGCCAUGCCUUCCGAUGACGACAGUGGUUCUCCAUCUCUACAAGGAGACAGGGAUACCGAGGAGGCUGAGGAGACGGAUAAGUACCAUGAUGCGGAGACCCAGGUCGAACUCGACCUUCGUGCUACUCGCGACAUGGAGGUAAAUGAGGACUACGACGACGAGUUAUAG